CUGGCUCGCGGGCGGACUGGCUGCGAGCGGCUCGGCGCGCUCCCUUCCCGGGCGGGGGAAUCCGGGCCGGGUUGUGGCCGCGGCCGCGUACGUGAGCGCAGUGUCCCGGAGAGGGAGGGCAGGCCGGCCAGGUGGGCGCGAAGGCGGCGGCGCGGGAGGCGGCGCAGUGCAGGGGCCGCGCCGGUGGCGGGCAGGGCCGCGGCCGCUGCAGGGAGCCGAGCUGUCUGGGUCAGUGGCCGGCCGAGGCGGAGCAGAGUAUCCAGCAUGCUGUCCCGACGCCUUGGUAAGCGCUCCCUCUUGGGAGCCCGGGUGUUGGGACCUAGUGCCGCUGAAGUACCAUCAGGGGCCACCCUGCCUCUGGAGCCACAGAUAGAAGUGCCGGAAGGAGCCAUGUCCCUGUCCCCACUCACCUCUAAGGACCCUGUGUGCCAGGAGCAGCCCAAGGAGCUCCUCAAAGCUCUGGGAACCUCAGGCCACCCACAGGUGGCCUUUCAGCCUGGACAGAAGGUCUGUGUGUGGUAUGGAGGUCAGGAGUGCAAGGGCCUGGUGGAGCAGCACAGCUGGGCCGAGGACAAGGUGACCGUCCGGCUGCUGGACCAGAAGUUACAGAUUCGCUGUAAAGUGGAAGAGGUGUGGCUGGCGGAGCUGCAGGGUAGCGCAUCCCACGUGCCAGCCUUGGAGCCCGGAGCCCAGGUGCCAGCCUACAGACCGGUGUCUAGGAACAUCGACGUCCCGAAGAGGAAGUCGGAUGCGGUGGAGAUGGACGAGAUGAUGGCCGCCAUGGUGCUGACGUCUCUGUCUUGCAGUCCCGUUGUGCAGAGUCCUCCUGGGGCUGAGCCCAUCUUCUCUGUUUCCCGUGCAGCCUGCGGUGACCUGUGGAAGGAGAGCGGUGAUGUUUCAGACAGCGGCAGCAGCGGGCACUGGAGCGGGAGCAGUGGCAGCUCUACCCCCUCGCCGCCCCAUCCGCAGGCCAGCCCCAAGUACCUGGGGGAUGCCUUUGGGUCUCCCCAAACUGAUCAUGGCUUUGAGACUGAUCCUGACCCUUUCCUGUUAGACGAACCAGCCCCACGAAAGAGGAGGAACUCCGUGAAGGUGAUGUACAAGUGCCUGUGGCCCAGCUGUGGCAAAGUUCUCCGUUCAAUUGUGGGCAUCAAACGACACGUCAAAGCCCUCCACCUGGGGGACACUGUUGACUCUGAUCAGUUCAAGCGGGAGGAAGACUUUUACUACACAGAGAUGCAGAUGAAAGAGGAAUCUGCUCAGGCUGUGGCUGCUCCCCCUGCCCCUGGGACACCUAUGGGCGAGCCAGCGUCCACCUCCAGGGUGACCAGCCCGUCCCUUGCUGCUCUUUCAUUGCCUCCAGCCAAGGUCCAGUCAUCUGGCCCAGAACACCCUGGCCUGGAGUCUUCUCUGCCCUCAGUUGCACUCAGCAAGUCAGCUCCUGGCUCUUUCUGGCACAUUCAGGCUGACCAUGCAUAUCAGGCUCUGCCAUCCUUCCAGAUCCCUGUUUCCCCCCACAUCUAUACCAGCAUCAGCUGGGCUGCUGCCCCUACCACCACCUCCUCCCUCUCUCCGGUCCGAAGCCGCUCUCUCAGCUUCAGCGAGCCCCAGCAGCCGCCACCUACAGUGAAGUCUCACCUGAUUGUCACCUCCCCACCCCGUGCUCAGAGCAGCACCAGGAAAGCCCGUGGAGAGGCCAAGAAGUGCCGUAAGGUGUACGGCAUCGAGCACCGGGACCAGUGGUGCACAGCCUGCCGGUGGAAGAAGGCCUGCCAGCGCUUCCUGGACUGAGCCUGCCUCACUAGCCCCGCUUCUCACCCUGCCUGGCAGCCGGGAAGCCUCCAGGCCUGCAGCCAUCAGCAGAACACAGGGAGAUGAUGUGGCGUGGAUGUGGGCAGCUGGGGCUCCAUUGGCUAAGAUAGAACACUUAAAAACACUUUUCUCCCCCUUGUUGGGAGUGCUUUAUUUUUUAAAAGCAAACCUAAAUGAAACUAUUUUUCCCCUUAAAAUAGGAGAGAGCCAAAAUUGACCAAGGGUAUUCUGCAGCGAACCGGAGACCAAAGAGUUACCCCUACCCCUACCCCAUUCCACCCUCUCUGGGACUACAUAUGCAUCAAGAGUAGGACAGGAUGCUGCCUUGCCUGGUUUUGUUCUGAGCUGGUGAAUCCUUUGCUCUUUCAGCUAUUCUAGAGUGGCCUGUGAGCAAAUGAACUUCUCUCUCUCUCUCUCUCUCUCUCUCUUUCUUUCUCUCUCUCUCUCCCUUCCUUCCUUCCUUCCUUCCUUCCCCCCUCUUUCUCUCUCUCCCUCCCUCCCUCCCUCUCCCUCUCCCCCCCCUCUUUCUCUCUCUCUCUUUCUUUCUUUCUUUCUUUCUUUCUUUCUUUCUUUCUUUCUUUCUUUCUUUCUUUCUUUCUUUUCUUUCAAAAAAAAAAAAGAAGAACUUUCUGGCAGGUAGAUGGCCACCCAGGGAAUGUGGCAGGACCCUAAGAAGAGCAGGCAGCUGUGCUUGUUGAGAUAUGAGGACAGAAAAGGGACACCCUUUUAUGGUGUCAACUUUUGGAUCUGGGUUUCCCCCAGAUGUUGGGUUGCAUGCCAAUAAACAUGUGGCUUCUUCUCAAAGCCUGUCUUCAAAAAAGCUGAGGCAAAAUGCUAAUAUUAAUUCAGCCUGGCCUCGAAACACUGUCCUGAGCACCCGUCAACUCUGAGAGGAAGUGUGGAGAGUCUCCAUCCAACUCUGCUCCUACUGAGUAAAGUCCCCUUCCCUCCAGAGUGUCACAGAGACACUAGAAUGUCAGGUGCUCUUGUCUGAUGUAGAAGUCUUUGAUGAGGAAGCCUUCUUUCCCUUGGGGUCUCUGGAAGAUCCUAGCAGACUUUGCCUGUGGGCCUGCUCAGCAUGACUUCCAGGACCCCACUGUUCUGGACUGACAUCCCAGGUGUCACAGGCUCAGGGAGUGGCACCAGGUCACCUCUCCAGGGACUGAGCAUCAUUGGCUCAUUGUCAUGGGGAGCUCCCUCCUGACCACGGAGGCUCCACUGGUGGUGCCACAUGGGAAACAUCUACUUCUCAGUCUAAGGCACACUAAGUACUAGUAGCAAGCCUGUGAGCCUAGGAGACUGUGUGUGUGAGGUAAAGGGUGUAGUGGUGGCCUGGGCUGCUGAUGGAGGGGAAGCACCAGUAUCUAGGUGUCUUUGGUAGGGGUGUAUUUUUAUUACACAGAGUUUUUGAACAUAUAGGGACCCCACCAAGAGGCUCUCCUCUCCCCUUCUUAAUCCCAGUAUAGACUGAGUGUCCACUUCAGCAAAGGUGUUUUCAUCCCAGCCUUGGUUUGGAGCUUGCAGACGUAACUGAAUAUAAUUUCCUCCAUUUGCAGCAUGGUUCCCAUGCCAUUGGCGCACCAGACAGAAAAGGGAGAGAGAAAAGACAGGAACUGAUGAGAUAGUUUGAAAGCUGAAGGAGUUCUGAGUUUGUUUAGUUCUUUAUUCCAUCUCUGUGCGGCCUCCCGAGCCUACGUUCGUUCCCUCCUCCCUUAUGGUGUUGGCCUCCUGCCUGCUGUCAUGUGUCCCCCCUUUUGCUCCCCCUCCCCAUCCUGAUGCUUUCAUGUUGGUUCCUGACACAUGGUCUGGCUUUGGGUUUGAAGGGCAAGGGUGGCUGUGAACCACCCCCACCCAGCCGUCAGGCCCGCUUCGUCGUCAUCUCUAUCUCCCUGCUCCCUGGCCCUGAGGGUUUGGAAUCUGACCGGGUGAAGGCACCACCGGCGAGCUUUUGAAAGCAACAGGGCCUAGCCUGCAAACAGUUAUCUUGGGAAACUGUCCAGCCACGUUUCCAUUACUCGGAGCUCUCGGUUACCUUCAGACAUGGUGCCGUGUUGGGAGCAACCUCAGUGGGUUUGCACUACACUCACUCCGUGCUGCAAGUCCAGGGAUACUGUCUGUGGCCACUGAAGUCUCAGGUGCAGAUGGGUUCUCCCGGGAACCCAGGGUUGGAUCCAUAAGGCUUUAAUCUGGCCCUGAAAGCAGUGUUGCCGCUUCAGACAGUACUGCGAGCAAUGGCUGCCUUGUCGGAGUGAGUGUGUAGCUGGACACCUUAGAGGACCCUAUGAAAUUGGAUAUGGAGACUGAUUUGGUGGGAAAAAACCUGUUACUUUCCAGUCACCCCAGGUUCUGACUUUACCUGGGGCAAAAACAAACCACAAAAAGGGAGAAUCUCAUCUGUGAAUUUGUCUUAUCGGCGCUUCUCCCCAGCCCCGCCCCUGCCCCGCCCCGCCCCAGCCCCGCUGUCUUCCAAGUAUUAUUUUUACUGUUAAGAUUUUUUUUAAAUGUGAAAUGAAAUGUAAUGUUUUUACAGCAAUGAUAUGAAAUAUAUUUUAUAAGGAAUAAAAUGGUACAUUGUCUGA